AUGCUUGCUGGCUGCGGUCAACGGGCUUUAACAACGGAAGUGGCUUGCAAAAGCGAUCCUCUUCACCAACCUUUACCCACGGAGAUGGCUUGCAAGGGCGAUCUUCUUCACCAACCCGUUGCUGGAGAUGCAACGCAACUGGUGACAUGGUUCCAUAUUCUCAGUGUAAGGCUGGGAAUAAAGCACGCUGCACCUGCACAAAGCGGAUGGACCAGACGGAUUCCCAGGCUCGAAACUGUGGAAAGUCUCCUCUCAGAGGAGCAUCUUGUGCUUGCAGCCUCUGCCCCUGCAUGUGUGCCAUUGUAUCCACAUUUGCCAUUGCUGUUCCUCGACAGCCAUCUGACGUCCAUGGCAAGAGCUGAGCGAAACACCAUCGUGCUCGUCCGCAGGCCGUGGCCAACCAGAAGCUACGCCUUGGCAUCAAGGCUUUUGUUGAAGAGGCAGCGCCGGCUGCAAGAUGCAGGUGAGUCACAGGUUCGCAUUGGUCUGGAGCACGCAGGAAGCAUGCAGACGGCUGGUUCAGUCCGCUUGCUGACGGACGAUACUGGGGUGUGUGUCCAUUCAAAGCAUCCCUUGCCAACAAGGCGAUGUCCUGUUGCUCGCACAGAUGCUUGCCCGGCUCUCUGGUUGCCAAGAAUAUUCGCUGCCACCGACUUGGGCUUUGCAUACGGCCAUGUGAAGUACAAGAUGUACAAGUGGGCAGAGCUGGAUGGGUUGGAUGUGCACCGUAUCCGAACGCCAGCAGCUUGUCGGCAGCGACCUUGUCGCGGCAGCAUCACAUCUGCAGCGGUCGCGCAAAGCUUUUGCUUCCCAGUGCGGCGUUGUCGCGCGCGGGUGUCGGCAGAACGUCCCGAACAGCAAUUGCAUUUGAGGCAGACCCUGUCCGACACGGACGUGGGGCUGUUAGAACCAUUGAAAGUGUUCGCGGCUGCACGACGACAAAGCUCGAGGUCUGGCUUUGAAUUCACGCCUUCGGCACGUCGUCGACAGCAACAUCGCUCCUGCCGCAGAGGACUUGGCACCCGCGCCCCUUCCAUACUUCUUUCCAGCCCCGGCGGGAACCGGCGAGCAGUGAGAAUGGAUCCCCAUUGUGUCACCACGAAGCAUGCCGUGUCAACACUGCGAGUUCCUGCUGCUCGCAUAGAUGCAUGCCGCGAUCGUUGUUUGUACUCAGACUCAAGAAUACUUGCUUCCACCAACUUGGGCUUCACGUGUGGAAACGUGAAGUACAAGAUCUAUGGGUGGGGAGAGCUUCGUGGGUUGGAUGUACACCACGUGGGAAGACCAGCAGCGUGUCCGCAGCGACCACUUCGUCGAAGCAUGACAUCUACUGUGGUGGUGGCGGCGACAAGUCUGCAAUGGCAGACAGCUCGUGCUCAACCUGGUGUUUGGAAUUGGCUGCAGAAGCUAGCCACGGCACGACGAUAUAGCUUAUCAGCGCGGCACUGUAGCAUGGAGGUCCGGGUGAAUGCCCCCGGACAGCACAUGCACUUGGAGAAGACUUCCUCGUCCGACACGGACGUAGGAAUUUUUACUGUUCGAAAAGCGGUCAUGGUUGCAUGGCAGCGGGACAGUACUGGAGCAUGCACUAAUGCUGAGCGUUUUGACGCUGGUGUGAAUGCGUGCCAGGCUUUUUGUUUGUACUCCAGCAGAAGUAGUGACACUGGCUUGAAGGUGCCGGAAUGUCAGCUGGAAGCCGAGUUGAACGCGCGCCGUGCGGUGACACCAGCAGCAUGUCAGCAGCGGACCUCUCGCAGGAGUGUAACGUUUGUCGUGACGAACAGGACAAGAAGCCUCUUGCGAAACUGUUUGCAAUCGGAUCGCAAGCUGGACCCGGUGGUGCCUCUUUGUGCAAGAUGCAGCCUUCACAUUGCGGUUGCAGUGUGCAGCAGGCACCUGACACUUCCUGACGCUCUUCGUCACUGUGCAGCAGAUCAGAACAGUGUGAUUUUGGACUGUGGUGUUGCCGUGAGCUCAAGCUUCGGCAUGUUUGGAGGUGGCACGGCUACUGGCAAAGCCGAGGGGUGCUGCGUAGUCAUGUGCUUUGGCCGUUCCAGACUCGCUGUCAUUUGCCGGCCACUGCGGCACUGUAGCGGCGCUAUUGCCAUCAACCCGUUGAGGACUUUGCGGGCACGGAGUCCUUUCAGGAUGUGGGACAAACCUAUGUCAGCUGCAGUCGAACCUUCUUCAAGCGUUCCACGCAAGCAUGCGGUGAAUGAGGCUGCCCCAUUCCAUCGCGCCCGGUUUCCUUGGCAGCUAACCCAGGGAGCGACGAUUUCCGAACGGCCACGGAGUUUGAGCAGAGGCCAUGGGAGAGAUGCAGUCCAUGCUUUGUUUAGAGACUGCUUACAGGAUGUCAUGUUGCGUAGCCGUGUGGAGAUGGAGGCCUCCUGGGCAGAAUGCGGGCUAGAUUCCCUCUCCAGCAUUGCCUUCGCUCGGCGGCUUUCGGACACCUUUGACCUUUCCUUCGACGCCACGACUUUCUUCGACUUCAGCUCGCCAGCCCUGUUGGCAAAAAACAUCUGGGAGAGACUCCAUGACAAGGAGCCCUCUGUGUCCCCAAACCGGGACCCAGCUGCAGGGACCGGAGCUGGUCGAACGUGGCGAAGCACAGACACCCGGGGAUGCCAGCUUAGCCCGGUGAAUUCGCAACCGAAGCCUGGCAAGGUCCUCUACAUUUGUCCGCCAUUUGGGUUUGGAAGGUCGUACUUUGCAUCCUGGACUAGAUGGUUGGGGGACACUUGCGAAGUUCACGUACUUGGUGGUGCGGCGCGAUGCUGGAAUACGCAGCUUCAAUCAAGCGCUUCAUAUGUCCAAGGAACGUGUGACUCCCGCCCUUUCGUCAUCUUCGGUCAUUCCUUCGGUUCCAUUGUUGCCUUUGAGCUCUGCAGCCACCUUCAAGAACUCCUCGAGAUGCCAACAUGCCUGAUCGUUUCUGGUUCGCCUCCACCCGGGAUGUUUGAGUGGAAAAAAGACAUGGCGCCCUUCAAUUGCUUUGACAUGGAGGUAAAGGAUGCUGGGUUUGUCCGAGAUAUUCUCUGCGACUACCAUGUGCUGGACGCAAACAUGGACGUGCUGACGGAUGACCUCCUCCUGGCUGAUCUGAAUUUAGUGAAGUCGUACAUGCCCCGACCCGAUCGCAAGCUGGCUUGUCCAAUCGUCGGCAUUCAUGCGAAUGAUGACGUCCUGGUCCCUUCUUCAAGAACUGUAGCGGCAUGGUCGGCGUACACAACGAGCACCUUCACCAUGCACCAAAUAGAUGGCACCCAUUUCUUCUUCUUCAGACCUCCUGCCGCAUUUGUCGCCCUUGUCCAGAGUUGCCUGGACGCGUACGACAGCGCCACCUGGCCCGGCCCCGGAGCGUAUGAACUGCAUACAUUUUGGUGGGGAACCCGCGAUCUGCACACCUACCCUUUUGGAGUGAGUCCUAAAGGGUACAUCAUAUACACUGACGGCCAUGUCUUCGUGCACCUUUGUGACCCGCUAGUGGAUUCUGCAAAGCCUUUGGCAGCAGCACACUCACAGGCAUUUUAUCACGGCACCUAUGAUGUUGAGAAUGGGGCGGUGUUCCACCACAUUGAGAUGUCCAACAACCCCAAUGAUCAUGCUGAUGUUCUCGGGAGGUAUUUUCACUGGCAAGAAGAGGGGCGUAAGCUGACCCUGUCAACGCAGCCAGAUUCGAUGCGUGCUGCGGGAGGCACGUUAGUUUGGCAACGCUUGCCCGAUUGCGGUGGCAAUCAUCAGAGUGCCCUUGAAGGAGCCUGGAGACUGGUCAGCGCCACAGAGAUUGAGCUGACAAAGGGGAUGCUGGUGAUCAGACGUGGUAAGCUGAUGCUUCAGUUGCAAAAGCCUGAGCGUCCGAGUUUGCCCGACGUUGAUCCGGAGCACGUGCCCCCUAGCCUGUGGCUGCAGAACAUGGGAACCUGUAUGAGCUGUGUGUGCGAGAUCCAGGUCCUCAGCUCUUAUCUCAGUGGCCACGUAAUCCUUGCUUAUCCCAAGCCAGGCUCCUUGAAUCCACUGCUUCAGGCGUGGGAGUUUCGAUGGGCGCAUGCCUUACAGGCGGAGGAUCAAGAUGUCCGGUUAUCCGUCACAGCAGAGGGUGUGCAGCUUGUGUUUCAUCGUCUCGGUUAG